AUGUUUCGAAUCCUCGAAUCACAGGCACCCGCCAAACAAACGGCGACGGACACGAUCAACAUCUUAACGAAUAGGCUGCAGAGCGCCACGUUACUAGAGGACCGGAGAGCAGCUAUACAAGGACUAAGGAGCUUUGCGAAGAUAUAUCCUGCGUCUGUCGCGUCGGGUGCUCUCCGACCGCUUAUUAGCAGCCUCCGAAAUGACCGGGAGGAUGUCGACACUAUCAAGGUCGUCCUGGAGACCUUGUUGAUGCUGUUCUCGCCCGAUGAAAGCAGUCCUGAGGCUUCUGACGAGAUAGCUCUUUGGUUAUCUGAUGAAUUCACCCAGAUUUCGAGCGCCCGACCCGAGAGAACGCAGGAAUGUAUCCUAACAGCGCCAUUGGGCAUUCCUAGGCUAGUGAGCACAUUGGGAGAUGCGCGGGAGCCGGUACGAAAUGAAUCAGAAGGUGGUUUGGUACACGGGUCAGAGGUCAUUGGCGACUGCCUCUCACUACUCGCCAACCUGCUAAGGCUCAACAUUCCUAAUCAGUCGUACUUUCGGGAAACGGGUUGUAUACAGAGACUGGCCAAGCUGCUUGCUGAUGUUAACCGGGAGCAGGAUGCAGAUGAGCCUAUACCACAGUGGGCGCUUGCCCAACGGGACAAGAACGUCUGGGGUCUACUGGUGAUAAUCCAGCUUUUCUUGGUGAAAGGUGGUGUCAAUACCCCUGCUAACCAGAUGGCUUUUUGGAAUAGCGGUGUGGUUGAACAGGUCUUGAGCACGGCUUUUGGCCAGAAAUUUAGUGUUAAUGUCACAGCUAAGGCCUUAUCAACCUGUGCCGAUUUAAUUCGCGGCAACCAACCACUGCAAGAGCGCUUUGGAGACGUUGAAGUCUUCUGGGGUGCCGGGCAAGCAAGUGAUGGUGUGAACGGCAACAAUGCUGCAAAGCCACUUCCUCGAAUCAACGUUAUCGAAGCAUUGCUUAAACUUUCACUCGAACCUGCCCCAAUCCAGCUUCUUGAUGCGCGCCUUGCAGCUUGUGAUUGUGUUAAGGCUUUUUUCACCAACCAUACAGGCAUUCGCGUUCAUGUACUAGGGAGGGCAAUAAACGGGCAUGUUAGCGGUCAAGACGAGAUACCUAACAUACUGACUGUGCUGCUUACGCCCCCAGAACUACGAGGGAACGCUGACCCCUAUCAAACCUGGAUGGCAUCCGUUUUGAUGUUUCACUUGCUGUUUGAAAACAGUGAAGCAAAGUCGGUCGCUAUGGGAGUGACAGAAGGCGACGCUGAAAAUGGCGAAGAGGUCAUAACUUGCAUCCAAACAAUUGCCGGAAACCUCAUCACGGGUAUACAGCGUGGAGACGACGAGAGGAUAUCCCUAGGCUAUUUGAUGCUGCUUUGCGGCUGGCUGUUCGAAGAUCCUGACGCCGUGAAUGACUUUCUCGGGGAGGGUAGCAGUAUCCAAACCCUGUUGCAAGAGACCAAACACAGGGGGGCCGCCAACGUGCUCGUGCCUGGUCUUUGCACCAUUUUACUGGGGAUCAUCUACGAGUUCUCUUCUAAAGACUCGCCUAUUCCACGCAAGACUUUGCACAAGCUAUUGCUGGAACAGCUAGGGCGAGAGCAGUACAUCGACAAAAUUACACGACUUAGGGAGUCUCCUUUGGUUCGAGAUUUCGAGGUCUUGCCGCAAACUAUAGGAGCAAACUAUGAGGGAGGACUUCCCGAUAUCUUCUUUGACAGGGUAUUUGUUGAAUUUCUUAAAGAUAACUUCAGUCGCUUGACGCGGGCGAUUGAUUGUGAGCCAGAAAUCGAAAUUUCCGUGAUUACAAACGGGAUUGAACGUGGUGUUUCGCGUGAACUGGUCGACUCUCUCAAAUCUGAGGUUGAAGAAAGAAACCAACUCGUUCAAAAACUUGAGUCGGAGCUUGUCUCUCUAAGGCAUAAGCUCGAUCUUGAGCUGGCCGAGCAUCGAAAGUCCAGAGACUCAAGUAGCUUAGAGGUUGCGAAACUAAAACAGAGUUACGACGCACUUCAGAAACACCAUGAGCAGGAAUUAAAGUCUUUGGAUGAGCAGCACAAACAAGCGAAGAACGAGUUAUUAAAGCUACAUGGAGAGCAACUCCGAGCCAUCGAUGCUCAACUGCGAGAGACAUCUUAUGAAAAUGAAAGAAAAAAUGCUAAAUUCAAAGAAAGGCACGAGAGUGAAGUGGCUAGCCUUCAAAGGAGAAUCCAAUUAUUGGAGUCAGAAUUAGCGCAUGUCAGAGAACUGUAUACUAAUGAAACCCGCGAACUGACAGCAAGGAUCGACGCUUUGAAGUCUGAGGCGGAUCGAUCAAGGGAACAGCACGCAGCCGAGGUCGCUAAUCUCAACAACGCUGUUCAAGAUGUGCAGUCAAAGGCCGACAAAGCCGAACAGUACGAGUCAGAAAUCGCUGAGCUUCACUCAAAACUCAAGAAUCUGAAUUCGGAGGCCGAUCAAUCUAGUAAAAGGCAUGCCGCUGAGAUCGCCGGUCUCAACUGUGCUGUUCAAGAUGCUGAGAAGAAGGCUGAAAAGGCUGAACAAUAUAGAUCUGAAGUCGUCAAGCUUGAAUCGGAACUCGAGACAUUGAGAUCAGAAGUGGAAUCCACAAAAGAGCAGCGUGCCAAUGAAGUCUCCGACUUGCAUAAAAAAAUUCAGGGCCUUCAAUCAGAACUGGAUAGUGCAAGGAAACAACAUGAAUCCGAAGUUGUUAAGCUUGAGUCCGCCAACGAGACGGUACGGGCAGAACUCAACACAGUGAAGGAACAAUCUACACAAGACCUUGAAGCCGUGAGGGAGGAUUACUCUUCGAAGUGCUCCGCGCUUGAGAAUAGAGCGCAACAAGCUGAAAGUGAAGUCGAAAGGCUAGAAGCAGAGGCACGGAAGGCUGCACACGCGCUUGAAGAAGCACAAAAGGCGCUCGAGAAGGCGCUCCAGGAGACCAAGGAGAAAGAAGAAGCCCGCCAGUCAGUACAAUCCGAGCUUGAGGACCUCCUGAUUGUAUUCGGCGAUCUUGAAGCUAAGAGGAACGAGGACAAGAAACGGCUGAAGGAGUUGGGUGAGGAAGUAUCCGAAGAUGAGGAUGAUGAGGGUGACGACGAGGGUGACGAGGAGCAUGGGUGA